UUCUUGCAAUCUGCACUCCACACCUCUCAUUCUAGCAAUUCCACAGUGCAAGUAAAUCCACCAAAAAUGGCAGCAUUAGCAAAGCUUCUCAUAAAAAGAAGAAACUUAUUCAUCUCCGGCCAGAAUUUGAGCGGAGCAAAGUUCUAUACGUCUCAACCAUUGCCGGAAUCUUCAUUUGCUCAAAGACUAAGAGAUCUGCCUAAAGAUCUCCCUGGUACCAAUAUAAGAAAAGAUGCAUCUCAGAUUAUAGGAAAAACACCCCUUGUAUAUCUCAACAAAGUCACGGAGGGUUGCGGUGCUUAUGUUGCAGUCAAGCAAGAAAUGUUUCAACCAACAUCUAGCAUCAAAGACAGACCCGCGCUUUCCAUGAUGAAUGACGCUGAAGAGAAAGGGUUAAUAACGCCCGGAAAGACUGUGUUGAUUGAGCCAACAUCGGGGAACAUGGGGAUCAGUAUGGCAUUCAUGGCCGCUUUGAAAGGCUACAAGAUGGUGUUGACAAUGCCCUCAUACACCAGCUUAGAAAGGCGGGUGACAAUGCGAGCAUUUGGAGCUGAUUUGAUCCUCACUGACCCGCUUAAAGGCAUGGGAGGUACCGUGAAGAAAGCAUAUGAUCUUUUGGAAUCCACACCUGAUGCUUUCAUGCUUCAACAAUUUGCUAACCCUGCAAACACCAAGGUGCAUUUUGAGACCACGGGUCCGGAGAUUUGGGAUGACACGAAUGGUAAAGUGGACAUUUUCGUGAUGGGGAUUGGCAGUGGAGGCACUGUAUCCGGUGUUGGACAAUAUCUUAAAUCGAAAAAUCCAGACGUUAAGAUUUAUGGACUUGAGCCUGAGGAAAGCAAUAUACUAAAUGGUGGCAAACCAGGACCUCAUCAAAUAACAGGAAAUGGGGUCGGAUUCAAACCCGAUAUCUUGGACAUGGACGUGAUGGAGGAAGUCCUUAUGGUAUCUAGUGAAGAUGCCGUAAACAUGGCCAGAGAAUUGGCCUUGAAAGAAGGACUUAUGGUUGGAAUAUCAUCAGGAGCAAAUACUGUUGCAGCCUUAAGGCUUGCUCAAAGGCCAGAAAACAAAGGCAAACUUAUUGUGACAAUUCACGCAAGUUUCGGAGAGAGGUAUUUGUCAUCCGUCUUGUUUGAGAAAUUGAGAAAAGAGGCUGAGGCAAUGCAACCAGUUUCUGUUGAUUAAUGGAAUUUUUGAAGUACAAUAUAUAUUGAAUAUGUCAUAUUUAGUUCACAUGUACUCACGAAAUUAUCAAACUUAAUAUAUAUAGUGUAUACUAUGUUGUUAUA